AUGAUCCACGUUUCUCAAAUAGCCACUCCGAUAGAUAUACUAAUCGAUAGAGAGUUUCUUGCGCUACCAUUUCAUGUAGCUCCUAAGUUAUUUGAACAAAUGUAUUCUAUUCAUGAUUCAAUACGCGGAAAAACGUUGCCGUUAUUGUACGCCCUUUUACCAAAUAAAACUCAAGGAACAGAUGAAGAAUUAUUUAAAAUAGUUGAUCAGUACAUUCAACACAAACCAAAAUAUGUAACAAUUGAUUUUGAAAAAGCGGCCGAAAAUGCGCUUGCUACUGUAUUUCCUCAAUGUGAUAUAUUUAGUUGUUUUUUCCAUUUCAAACAGUGUGAAUUACGUUUGAGAAAAGAGUUUCUUGAAAAUGCAGAUAGUCGUCACACAAUGAAAAAUUUAGUCGCAUUAGCCUUCGUUCCACAGCAAAAUGUUAUUCAAGAAUUUUACUCAAAUAAAAGAAAAUGCGCCAGACGUAUUAGAUGGUAAGCAGAAGAAAAUGUUAGUAUGUAUACAUAGAGACUUCAUCUGACAUCUUUAACUUUCAGAGUUAUUCGUGUACUUUGAAGACAAUUAUACUGGCAGAAAAAUGUCAAGAAAUCGUAGAAGAAAUCCUCGUUUUAGUGUGUUAAUGUGGAAUUGUAGUUGUGUUUGUUUAUUUGCAAAUCAAAGACUCCUCGAUAUCUAAGCUGAUCGAGUCGCGAUACAUUCAACAUAGAUUAACGACAAAAAAAGGCGAAAGAGGACAAUAAACUGCAAGCUAAGGUUGAGACGCUGUUCACAAAUCUAAAAAUGCCUCGGGAUAGCAGAAAAAAAUUUGUAAUUCGGGUUUUAUAGUCCGAAAGCACCGUCGGAAGAAAUUAAAGGAAUGACGAUAGGAAAGCAAAAUUUCCGUGGAAAGAGAAAAAAUAUGCCGAUAUCGACGUAUUAAGAGGCUUUUCUGUUGAUUAGUGGUACCAGAAUCUAAAAUUGUUUUGUACUUGUGCCAUGUUCGAAUUAGUGCCACCGAGUCAGUCAAGUCAGGCAGCACUAGUAAAUAUUUUAUCCAGUAAGAAAAAACUCG